AUGCCACAUAUAAACCAAUCCACCGUCUGCGACUUCCGCAAGGCCCGCGACGACCUCGUCAUCCUUCUAGAGCAACAGGCACGGUUCCUGCGACACGACAUCGACAGCCGCGACUACGUGAUCCCAAACCUGCGCCUCCAGCUCAUCCAGCACCUCGAUAUCGUCGCCUCGCUGUCGAUGAAGAUGGCCGUCGAUAGCCGCCACCACCCCUACGUCCUCGUCCACCAGACCGGCUUCUACGAGACUGUCGUUCCUAUGCACUGCGCCGCGCUGAAGGGCCAGUGUAUCCACCUUGCUAAUCGUCUGCGCGAUAACCUUUGCACUGACGUCCCUGUUGCGGUGGCGAAACUGAUUGAUCAGAUUGUGGCUAACUUGUGCUUUUAG